AUGGAGUGGUAUACCUUGUUACCCGUUUUCACUAUUUUGCUCAUGAUUUCUAUAUCAGAUGGUCGCAGUCCACCUAUGUGUGAAUACCAGGGAUCUUACUACUACAGUGGACAAUCUGUUACUUCUAAUUGCGUUACAACUAUGUGUUACCGCGGGAGGAAAUGGAUAAUAAAAGAAGCUGGUUGUAAGUUCGGUGAUACGUGUCUGGGGAAUGGGGAGAUAGUGUCUGCAGGAAAGUGCCGGAAAGCACAGUGCAAGGUAAACAAGAGAGGAACGAAGAGCAAGCUUGUGUAUAAACUAGGAUGUCAAUGGAAUGACCAGUGUAAAAAGAACAGAGACAGAUGGACGGAAGAUUGUACCAGGUUCCAAUGUAAAGUGAAAAGGGGCAAAGCUAAGGUCUCAAUUGAAAAGAGAUAUUGUGAAUGGGCGAUCGACAAAGAGUGCUACAGGAUGGGUAAAAAGAAAAUGGAUUCUUGUAGGCAGUACCGAUGUCAGGAAGAUUCUGAAGGGGCCUUAGGAUUCAUGUUAGUGUCAUCAGGUUGCCUGUUAAAUGGAAAUUGUCUUCUGAAUGGUCAGGAAUACGCUGGUGACGAUAAGACGUGUGUCUGUGAAGACGGGAACCUGAUGUGUGUCGGUGUGCCAGUAACAGCUGUUUUAGACACCUCACCCCGACCACACCAUUAA